AGUGAUUGUGAAAGGGAUUGCAAGACUUUGAAUCUUCACUUUUCCCUCAUCCACCACACGACCCCCCUGUAAUAUUAUUAUUUUCACCUUUACAACUAAAUUAUGAUAAAUUGACUUCCAACAGUGUUCUCCUUGAUGUUGUCCAAUAUUGAUCGAGAAGACCAACGUUGUUGACGUUGAUGUAGAAUACACACAUUGACUCAUCACAGAAAACUUCAACAACUUGUCGACGUGCUGCUGCUCUAUGUUGGAUGGGACUUCUUCUACAGCUAGGACUAGUAGUAGUCAUGACUAUUAACUGUUAACUCAUCUUCUGCUUCUGGCUCUCCUGUUUUUAACAACAAGAAUUGCACGAAGAUGUCGUCUCCAUCAGGUUUCAUCAACAACCACGACAGCGUGGAGAAGGAAGAGGAGCACGAUACUUCCCGACAUGAUGAGCAAAUGAAAAUGGACGAGAGCUCGUCCGCAGAGGAAAACGUCAGCUUUCAACAAAGAGAUAAGGCUCAGAAUCCUAUAUUUCCACCUACAUGUACUUAUUCGCGCUGGUCAUUUCGAUCAUCAUCAUUUAUAUUCGAGAACAAUUGAGUAGUACUAGGUGUAGUACUAGGUAGCGUUAGACGGAUCCUCUUCUAUGUGCUAUAUACUCGUGUGCGUGUAGUAGAUCUAGUACUUAGUCAGUCAUCUAAGAUGUACUAUCAUACUUUUUCAACAUCAGGAGAAAGAAUACGUUUUUGAGUGAAGGAUCAUUAACAUGAUUCGACUUGCAUUCUUCUUCUUUGCGUGACGAGAACAGAUGUUGGAACAAUUGCAAUGGCUAAAUUUUACUUAACUCUGUCGAGUUUGCAUUAGCUCUAACGAGCAUCUGCUCACGAGUGAUGGAACAACUGCAACACGGAAUGGACGGACUGCGCAACCUGAGGGGGAGAUAUACAUGCCCACUGUUGCCGCUCGCCCGCUGAAACAUAGAGCCUCAACCCAAAAAGUCAGUGGACGAGGAAAGUUGAGAUUCAUAUUCCGUAAGGUAACUACAACUUCGUCAAAUUAUUUCGUCAGGAGGUUGAAUUAAAAUCGAGAAUAUUAUCCUCAUUGGGCAAUGGGCUCAGGCGGUCGUUGCCUUAAGAUUAAAAAUAGUAUCGAUAUCCCCAUUGGGCAUUAAACUACUCGCUCCGUUCUAUCUUGGUGAACAGCACAACGUUGCAUCCUCGUGAUAAAAAGGAAGACGAUAGUGAUUUUUAACUUCCGUAAAGAUUUGAAUACGGGAGUUAAAGAUAAUGAACACCCAGGCAAGGUGGUGACCAUCCAGCAAGGACAACUCGUCCACUAUGCCGGACAACAAGAAUUAUAGCAAUGUUAUCUAUCAUUAUUCUUGACUUAUGCACUUACUUUCAAUCUAAACUUCCUCAUCUUCAAUCUUCUUCAUCAUUAUCUAUCAUUAUCCUCAAUAUCGUUAUCCACCCCAACCUGCUUAUGGUCGUCAUGCCUCUUCUAAUUAUAGCUGCGACGGAUAAACCUUAUAAUGUGGAAGCCAUGCAAUCUUCGCGAGAGCUGGAAAAU